UUCAACAAAUUAAUUUUAUUUGGGGAAACCUCUAUACUUAAACGGUGAUUGCUCUGCAUUUGUUUUCAGAAAACUGUUGGAUACGCUAACAAAAUAUUUUCACUCGCUUGAAUAUUUCCAGUUUAUCGUGAAAGAAAAUUGCCUUGGAAAGAAGUGAGCUGCUUUGCAACUGGGGAAAUGGCAGAUUCACCCCGAAGAAGGUAUUCUUCAUCACCUUCACCUCGUCGGAUGCGCUCCAGAUCUAGAUCUCGCAGCCCUGGCAGGCAACAUCGAGGAAAUAAUGAUGCACACAAUCCUGGAAAUACCCUAUAUGUGACUGGCCUCUCUACUCGUGUAACAGAAAAGGAACUUGAAGAUCAUUUCUCAAGAGAGGGGAAGGUUGUUGAUUGCCGUCUGGUAGUUGAACCUCGUACCAGGAUCUCACGUGGUUUUGCAUUUAUAACAAUGGAAAAUGUUGAGGAUGCUGAAAGAUGUAUAAAAUAUUUGAAUCAGUCGAUUCUUGAGGGUCGGUACAUCACAGUGGAGAAGUCAAGGAGGAAGCGCCCAAGGACUCCUACACCUGGAAACUAUCUUGGGGUUAAAAGUACCCGGGAAGUUGGCUCCUAUCAUGAUCGUGAUAGACGCCGAAGUUAUCAUGGUCGUGAUGGUUAUAGCUCUUACCAGUCUCCUCAUCGCUCUCCUUACUAUGAUGGACAAGGAUAUUCUCCACGUCGCUCUCCUUACCGAGGUGGUGGAUAUAGAAGAGAGCGUACUCGUUCACCGCCUUAUUCUCCCUAUGGGAGUCCAAUUCGCAGCCGAGGCCAUCGCACCUAUUCUGACAGAUCUAGAUAAAAUUCUAGGUUGUAAUUUUAUUUGAUUAAUCUCUUGUGGGUGCAUCAUCUGUGAUCGUUUCAUGUAUAUCCAACUCCAGAAAUGGGUAUUUCUAAACUUGUUUUGUUUUCAAGGAUUCCUUUUGUUUUAAUUGCCUGUUGACUGUCACAAUCUCUCUCCUGUAGAACGCCUGCCACUACAUUUAUUUCUUGGGAAGUAGUUCUCCCUAAUUACAUCUGAGAAACCAUUAAUAACAAUUUUUGAAAUACAGAUGUUGUGCAGGAUAAAAUAAAAUUCACUAUGCUUCCAAAUA